GCUAAAAAAUGGCCCAAAAUUUCUACAUCUCUCGAACAGACUCCCUUUCCCCUUUUUCCCUAAAAGUUCUCUCCGAUUUCGCCAUUUCCAUGGCUUCCCCAUGAUUUUCACGUAAAUCCCACGCUCCGCCGUCUGAUCGUUCCCUCUCAACGUCGACGGCGAUGCAGGCCGGAAUCAUGCCGAUCACCGAUUUAACCUACUGGCUCUCCGAGCACCCCUCGAUCGUCGGAUUCCGGUGGAGCCAUACCCAUUCAUGGGGUUCCACUUGGUCCUUCCUCUUCUCCUCUAUCGUCUUUUACCUCGCCUUCUCCAUCGCCAUCCAUCUCUUUCUCAGCCUCCUCCUCCGUCCCGGCCGCCCCGUACCUCUCGGCCCCAUUCCGGCCAUUCAUUGUCUCUCCAUGGCCCUCAUCUCCACUCUAAUCUCCGCAGGUAUCCUCCUCUCCUCCGCUGCUGAGAUCCGCGACACCCGGUGGUUCUGGCGGCGCUCCAAAACUCCCCUCCAAUGGCUCCUCUGUUUCCCUUUAGGCACUCGCCCUUCCGGCCGCGUUUUCUUCUGGUCCUACAUCUACUAUUUGUCUCGAUUCUUCCACAUGUUCCGCACCAUUUUCACCAUUCUUCGCCGUCGCCAGCUCUCCUUCUUCCAGCUCUUCAACCACUCGAUUUCAACGUUUAUGUCGUUCCUCUGGCUUGAAUUUUCACAGUCUUUUCAGGUUCUGGCGAUUCUCUCGACUUCGCUCCUAUACGCAGUGGUUUACGGGUACAGAUUUUGGACGGCGAUCGGAUUGCGAAGGGCGUGUUUCCCUUUUGUUAUGAACUGUCAAAUUGCGUUGUUGGGUUGCAAUCUGGCGUGCCAUGUGGGUGUGUUGAUGCUGCAUUUUAUGAAAGGUGGGUGCAAUGGAAUCCGAGCUUGGGGUUUCAAUUCGGUGCUGAAUGGAGCCAUUUUGCUGCUUUUCUUGAAUUUCUAUCUCAAAAUUCAUGUGGGGAAGACGAAGAGUUGUGUGAAGAUCAUGAAACAGCAGCCCUGUUCUGGGAAUUUGGAGGUUGAGCAUUUGAAAGAGAAGAAUCAAUGAAGGAAUUUUAGGAAGAAAAUCAUGAAUCUGCUUUUGUAAAGAGGUAAAUAUAUGAAUGUAUAUUAUAUACAAAUUCACAUAUAUGUUUAACGGUAGAAAUUUAUGGCUGGGGAAAAAUGUGUAAUGUUUAGGAGACACCUCAGUAGUAGGCCUUCAAAUUUUAAUGAUGAUCAAUAAAUUUAUUCCAAUUUUCUCC